UAUGCAACUCGACCGUCAAUUUUGUGUUGCAAUAUAAACGCGUUCUAAGCGCAAACCACGACGCAUUCAGUGCGCAGUCAUAACUCAGUCGCAUCAAACAAACAUGGCUCAAAGCAGUGGAUUUGAUUGGCUGCUUUUGGUUUACGGUUUAAGCCUACUUUGCCUAGUUUCCAAGUGUAAUGCAUUUUAUUCCCGUAUUGUAAAUGGCACACAGGCUAAUGAGGGCGAAUUUCCUUUUGUGGUAUCCCUGCGCCGCGCCUCCGAUGGGCGUCACAAGUGUGGCGCUUCGCUGUUGAAUCGUGUGUGGGUGCUUACCGCUGCGCACUGUGUGGUGAAAACGCAACCCGGGCAAUUGACUAUACAAUAUGGCGGUAACGAAUUGGUUGCGAACAGCAUCAAAGUGUCGAAUGUCAGUAAGAUAAUAGUGCAUGAAAAUUAUGAACCGGGAAAUUUGCAUCUUAACGAUAUUGCGUUGUUGCGCCUGCAAACGCCACUCAAGUUUGGUUCUAAAGUGCGCGCCGUGCACCUGCCGGCAGCGCAACAGGAUACGGUAGAAGCUAUGCCCGCAGUGUUGCUUGGUUGGGGACUGAAUGCGACCGGUGGCGUCAUACAAAAACAUUUGCAAAAGGUGCACCUUCAAACGUUUAGCGAUGAAGAGUGCAGUCAAUGGCAUGGCACACAAUUGCACCCAACAACCAUCUGUGCCGGUGUGCCGGAAGGUGGUCGGGGGCAGUGUAGCGGCGAUUCGGGCGGACCGUUGCUGGUGGAUGGUCAACAGGUGGGCAUUGUUUCUUGGAGUCGUAAGCCUUGUACUGUGGCACCAUAUCCCGGUGUGUUUACGGAGGUUUCCGCCUAUGUGAAUUGGUUGCAACAGAUGAUCGGAAAUGAUCGCGAUGAUGGCGAUUGGGGUGAGAGCGGUGAGUCGUGGGAAGAAUUGACAACGGGGAAUCUCAUUAUAGUGCGUAGUAAAAAGAGAGUGGCCAGCUUGUUGGCUAAACACAAGACAAAAGUCUCGUUACGCCAUCGUUGGAACUUACAACAUUUUUGUGCUGGCACACUGAUACAUCCGCAAUGGAUAUUGACAGCAGCGCACUGUUUAAUGUACACAAAGCAGCCCAAAGAACUGUUCAUACAAUAUGGUUCCAAUAAACUGAAACCGACUAAAUCGAAAUUGAUGAAUGUCAGUGAAAUUAUACGACAUGAGGGUUAUAGUCACACCAUAGCAAUACACGAUUUGGCGCUGUUGAAGUUGGAAAGCGCGAUCAUGCAAAAUAACGCCGAUCUGGUAACACUCGCCAAGGAAAAGCUUUGCUUUGAAGUUUUCAAAACAAAAACGCCGUUUUUGCUUAUCGGUUGGGGUCUAAAUGCGACACAUGGCACUUUGCAACAGCAAUUACAAAAAGUGGAACUAGACUUGCUCCCACGCGAUGAAUGCCGCAAGCGCACACAAUCACAGCUUUAUAGCUCAACUAUAUGCGCCGUAGCACCCGACGGCACUCAGCAGGGACAAUGCAAUGGUGAUUCCGGUGGACCACUGCUCCUGAAUAAGCAACAAAUUGGCAUCGUUUCGUGGAGUCUUAAGCCAUGUGGCGCUUAUCCUGGAGUAUUUACAAAUAUCGCUUGUUAUGGAAAGUGGAUAUUGGAUUAUAUAAGUGGGGGAAAAUAUGAUAAUAUAUAAACUGCGUACAGACAAGGACUCUUUUGUCGCUCACAUAUUUAUAUAUUACUUACAAAAAA